UAUAGAAAAUAUAUUUCAAGUACGAAUAUUUCUGGGCAAGAGGCAGCUCAGAUGGAGGACAAAAGAUAUAUUGAUAAUCCGUACAAGGACUACAUCCAGGGUGAAAUCGAGAGCCUGCAGAGCAGCGAGCAGUACAUUAGGAGCUUGAUCUGCCGCCAUGUGAAUGCGAUACUGGCACUGCCUGUGUCCGACAACCAGUACGAGGACGAGCGCGAAAACCUGUACGUGGGCAGUGCGGGCAUCGCGUACAUGUUCUGGAAGCUGCACGGCAGCAGCAAGGCCCACGGUCUGUGCCCCGAGCCGCUGCAGCAUGCCGCAACCUACGUGCAGCGGGCCAAGGAGUCGGCGCAGCAGUUCAAGCGGAGGAGCUCGGAGCGCUUCUCGUUCCUGAAUGGCAAUGCUGGGAUCUAUGCCGUUUCGGCGGCCAUCUCAAAGGCGCGCGGGGACGACGACGAGCUGGUCGAGGAUCUGGUCAACUUUCGGCUGGGCCUAGCAGCCAGCAAGGCCAAGCUGCACACGAGUGCCGGCCGCGACGAGGUGCUGGAGGGACGUGCUGGCUAUCUGUCCGGCUGCUACUGGCUGAACGAUCUCCUGGAGAAGGCCAUCAGCGACGAGGAGCUGCUCUCCAUUUGCGACACGAUAAUAGAGAGUGGCCGCACAUACAGCCAGAAGCAGGGCGGCCCCAUGCCGCUGAUGUACGGUACCUAUAAGACCCACUACCUGGGCGCAUUGCACGGGAUGUGCGGCAUUCUGCACAUGCUGCUGGAGAGUCCCUGGUUCCGCAAGGGUUCCGCCAUCGCACCCCCAGCUGGCGUCGCCUCGGAGAUCAAGGAGUGCAUCGACUACCUCGUCGGCCUGCAGGACGAGGAGGGCAACUAUCCGUGCUCCUUGGAGUCCAUCCGGUACGGCAACUGCAAGACGCUGCGCCAGUGGUGCCAUGGCGCACCGGGAUUCGCCUACAUGCUGGCCAAGGCCUAUCUCAUCUUCAACGAGAACAAGUACCUGGAGUCGCUGCAACGCGCCGCGGACCUCAUCUGGCAGAAGGGGCUGCUCAGCAAGGGUCCCGGCCUCUGCCACGGCAUCGCGGGCAACGGCUACGUCUUCCUGCUGCUCUUCCGUCUCACCAACGAGCCGCAGCACCUCCAUCGUGCCCUCAAGUUCGUGCUGAUGCUCGGCAAGCCGCACGAUGCCCAGAAGCCACCCGAUCAUCCCCAGAGCCUGUACGAGGGCUGGGCCGGUGCCAUUUGCUUCCUAAUCGAUCUGCUGGAGCCCGACCAGGCGGCGUUUCCCUUCAUGGAUGUUUUCCAUGACCCAGCCUAGAGCCAAGCUCUAUCCUUUGUUUCUAGUUUUGUUCCUUGUUUUUUGCUUCUAUUUUUGUCAACUUUUGUGGCUGUGGCAUGCAACAGAAACACAAACACAACCACACCGAAGAAGGAAACAUUUCCGAAGAUUAUUUCAGGCAAAAAUCAAUCAGUUGAGCGUGGAAAAAGCAGCCCGAAGGCAGAGAGACAAAAUGCAGCACGCAAAUA